UGGGGUGGUGGUGGGGUGGUGGGGUUGGGGGUAUACCAGCUGUUCAGCACUUAAGAGACCCCCAAGCGAUGACCCACCUAGAAACAGAUCAAUAGUGUUUUAACGCAGCCAAGAGAAGGGGCUGCCUCCUCUGUGUCGACAUGAUGCUAAGCCUCGCUCCAUGAGGUCGGCCUCUGCAUGUAUAACCAGGUGACAACAGAAAGUGGUUUGUCCAACGUGGCUGUCCGUUGACAAACGCGCCAGACCAUAUGCUUGGCGUUGCCCGUCGCUGACGUCACGGGGUCUGGUUGCCUUCUCCUCCUCCUCCUACCCCAUCCGUACCCCACACACCCCACACACCCCGACCCUGCUGCUGGUGCUAUCCGUCACUGCAAGCUAGCGGAGUGGUCUUGGCGCUGAUGAUGUUAUCAGCCGCAAUGUGGGAGUAGGAGCGGACGCAGUUCGGUUUGAAAAAUAGUUUCAUUUUGCUGGCAACGAUUGGAAGGAGUGGUUAGCCGAAACCUCGCCGAGACCGCGGUCUUCGCACGCGAACUCUCGCGAGGUGACGAGCAGACGACAGUCAGGUGCACGAGGGACCGGCGUCUUCGCAGCUUUAUGACAGACGACACGUGACAGCCGCGAUCUGCCAAAACACAUUUGGAAAAGAUUGGACUCCCGCAACGACUGCCCUUAUCGUUGUGCUUUCACAUUUUCGUUCCAUUUCGCGGAGAAGUGGCGAGUGCAAUGAGGUUUUCCAGCGACUUAUGAGAGGCUGGCCUGUGCCUGCGGCUGCUCACCUGUUCAUCGCCGGGGGUUUAUGUGUACAGUCGUGGCAGUAUCUGAAACUUCCGGAGACACAAUGUGGACAAAGGUCAACAACAGAAGAACAAGAUGACACAUUCUCAUCGUCGGCCUCAAAGCAAAUUCAUGAUGUCUUCGCUUUUUAAAAAGGUGCUGGGGGGCAACAUGGUACAGCGCCCGUCAAGCCCCCCACCUGUCAACCCUCCUUCCCCCGACCUCUCUCACCUGACCCCCGAGGAGCUGCAGAUUUUGGCUGACGUCAUCAAACGGCAGGAACAGUUCGAGCACCAAGAGCAAGAGCGAGUCAAGCGAAUUCAGGAAGAAAUGGUGGCAGCGGAACAGGAAGUGAAGAGCUGCAAGUCGGAGCGAGCCGGGCGCUGGCGCCUGACGACUGGCCGGCUGUGCCGCCUCUGCUUUAAGACCCGGAUGUCUGAGGGCGCUGGACGCACGUGCAGUUACUGUCGGAAGCGUGUGUGCGGUCGCUGCGGAACCUACACACCCACACGUUCACACUCUGGAGAGACGACUGGGCAGGCGUGGGUCUGCCGUCUGUGCCAGCUCAAGCGUGACAUGGUGUGCCGUACUGGAGGGUGGUAUCACGGGUCACGGGGUCAGCGUCGCCAUGAAAGCCUUUCACCUCUGGGAACCACCACGGACGUCUUACGAAAAAAGCUGGAGGGUCGCCAUGACAACACUGAAUCGUGCAUGAGCGACUUUCAGAGCAGUGGCUGUGAUCGUGGUGACAGCGAGAUUGAAAACAUCCCAUCAUGCCACGUGAGCGACUCCCAGAUAAAGCAGCGGGACAGAGCACCGUCGAAUGCCCUGCACCAAGAUGGCGCAAGACCGCCUCGCAGGCGGGGCAGCCUUCCGGCAACUUCCCUCCAAGGAGGAUUUUCCUAUCAUCGACGACCUGCAGACGAUCAUGACGAUGACGAAGAAGAAAACAUCGACGACAUAAUGCGUGAGAGAAAAAUGUCUCGUCAGCGACGACAGGAGAAGAGAAUGAGAAGGCGGUCAGUAAAAGGCAAUGCAUCCAAAGAUUCUCCACCGCGCCAUCUGGAGGUCAGGGCACAGUGGCUGCAUCCCCAGGUCACGCUGACCGUCAGGAAGGAAAGCCAAAUGGAGAUAAACAGGAUGGACAUAAGCAGGGGAGCCAGCUACGGGUUCCCAAGCGCUCAUCCAAAGAAGCUUCGGAUCUCGGGUGUUCUCGCGAGGUGAGAGCUGCGGGUCCGAAGCUGGCGGCCUUGCGAUAUCUGCACAAGUCGUCGUCUGACUUCGACGACGCGAGGUCAAGUGUGGAGAGCAGCCAACCUCAACAGUUUUAUAAUUCCUCCACGGAGACUGGAGCGCCUGGUUCCGGUAGCGUCGACGCGGGUACGAGACGGAAAGCGUUCCACCAAACGGGUUUCCAUCCGGGCAACAAGGUCGGAAACAGCGGUCUCCCACAGACAAGUUCCAGCCUGUCCGACAGCGACUACACCUCGCCGGCCUGCAGUGUCAGUUACCGUUCCUUCGACAGCGCCGCGCACAGUUUCUUGGGAAGCGAGGACUACGGGCAGUCCUUCAGCUCCAGUGUAAAACCGGACGGCAAAGAAAGACGCCAGCUCGACGUAAAACAGCGCUCUCUGGGCAACGAGGAAGAAAAGCUCGCCGAAGUUCCAUGUCGGCGGGAAGCACAAGUUCAAAAGCGAAGAAGCACUCAACGAAAGACACAAAGAUCAGCACCUUCCCGACCCAAAACCUCGUUUGUCCGCGGAUUUUCGCGUUUCGAAACAGAACACCAACCUGACGACGGUGGCAGGGAACCCGAAGGUUGCCAAAAGUCAACCCAAUCCCGCACCCAAGGCUGACGAUUUGCCGACGCUGCGCUCUCUCACGCAUUUGGCAGCUGUCCCGACCAACGUCGGCGAGUCUUCGACGUCGUCGCCUCGCAGCGCCAACACGUCCUUGUCCCGACGAGUCUCCGCCCAGAAGUCACCCGCCGCCUCACCCACGGCGAGUCCCAGGCCACACAAACGUCGCCCCUCGGCCAGCUCUCCAACCCCUGUACGCAACAGUGCGCCGGCGCGGCGUCCUUCUCCCAAGAGAUCUCCAUCAAAGGUGGCAGUACAAGUGACCCCAGGUCAGCUGCUGGCGGACGUGCAAACGCGAGGGCCGCCUUCGCCUUCCGCCAUUUCUCUACCGGGCGAAGCGUCCCUCUCCCGCCGUAGUUCCAGAGCGUCGCCGGAGGUCAGUUUUGCUCUUUUCUGCGCGCGCUCCGCGGAUACGUCCCCGACAGUAGGGGGAGCCGCUGUCCAGCAGAAGGAGACGUGGGAGCUGAGUGGCCUGCUUGUGCACACCCUGUUGCAGAAACCGGGGAAGUCCUUUCCUGAAAGGUUCGGCGUUCAGCUGAUGGGAGGUCUGCAAGACGGAAGUGGAGGGCUGAUAACUGUCCUCAGAACUGUGGCAGCAGGCAGUCCCGCCCAGCGUGCCGGACUCCAACAAGGUGAUCAAGUGAUGGAGUGGAAUGGACAUCCCCUUAUCGACGCAACAUACGAGCGCGCACAGUCUGUUCUCAAGGCCACGACCUCUGACACCGUGCACGUUCUAACUGUCCCCAGAAAUGUGUCCGGUUCCAGAAGCUGCAGCCGAAACUCCGACAUGGAGGUGUGCAGUAGUCGCUCCAGCUCGCCGUUUGUUGUCAUACCUUCCUCAGACAGUCCCACCCACUCCCUCAACCACCCCUCAGACUCGCCUACUGCUGGCAUCACCAUGAAGCGACGUCUGUUGCCCAGAACUCCGGCAGAAAUAGGUCGUGAAUCACGUCACAUGAACGGAGAACUGUAUUUCUCUGUGGAGUACGAUCCUCCAACGUCCAUCUUGUAUGUCAAUGUCACAAUGGCACGAGACCUUAGUUUACCGGAGGCGGGGCCUGCAGAAAAACGUCGUAACGCCCACAACGUGGCGGAAGAGCUGGCUACAGAGCACAUGCGCACCAGGGCGGAGCAUAACAGCACCACGUGUGGGAGGGCGGAGCCAGAGGGAGCGCGUCAGCACUUGCCAUCACCCUUCGUACUCUUACGUCUCCUGCCGGAAAAUGGGUCAAGAGAAACCCUGAAAACUGAGAUUUACGGUAACACGUGCCACCCGAAGUGGGAGCAAACUUUUGUCUACGACUGCUUCACCAUUACGGAGCUUGUGGCUCGAUGCCUCGAACUCACUUUGUGGAGUCGGGAAGAGAGGGGGGACGUGUUUCUCGGGGAGGUUCUCCUUGACCUCCGGGAUCUUCCGCGCUACUCGAACGCCACCUGGUGCAGCCUUCACGACCACGACGACAACUCGCCGCCUUUGCCUCGUCCACGGUGCCUGACAGCCAUUAACUCUCCCGCCAGCUCGCGCUCCAGCUCCUUCUAUGACGCAAGCGACGUCGCGCGCAGCCUUGAGGCGCAAGACCCGUCACGUGACUCGUCGCAAGGAGGAACCAACUCGGGGCGGGGCUCUUCGCCAACAACUACGUGUCAUUCAGCCUUCCACUUGACAAAUGCACAGACAGAUGCCGCCAAAGGAGCGAAAACGACAAGACGCCGAGCGAAGAGCCGCAUGUCCCGCGUAUCCAACUCCUUGUCUCUCUCCGACCGCAAAGAAGGUGGGUCAGAUGAAAGUUCUCCAGGGGAUGUGGCUCGCCAGCAGUCCGCGACAGACGGCAACAUGGCGGACACGAGCCCUGGUGUGCAAAGACGGACGUCAUACACAAUGGAUUUGUUGGCACCACCCCGCCCGCUCAGUCGCGCCAAUAGUUCUUCCUCCUUCUUUCUGUCCGACGACAGCAGCGACGAGGAUCUUUACAGUCCAACGCCAAUAACACCAGAUAGGCCAGCUCCAGAGGGAGACGACAUUACAUCCAUUCUUGGUCCUGGUCAGGUUCCUCCGCGGCCAUCCAACGAAACACUGGUCUGCGGGGACAUCAAAGUAGGAUUCAACGUGUCGAAAGGACAAUUGGAGGUAGACAUCAUCUGCGUGAAAGGUCUUCAGCGACCUGGCAACAUCCCUCUGCCAGACACUUAUGUCAAGACCUACUUGGUGGAGGGCCAGAAAACGAUUCAGAAGAAGAAGACACACGUGGUAAAGGCGACCACUGACCCAGUCUUCCGGCGGAAGAUCAAGUACUCAGCUUGCAAUGUCCACGGGCGACACAUGCGGAUCGUCGUAUGGGAGCGGCCGCGAAAUUUCGAGCGAAAGCAGAGCCUGGGAGAAGCAGUGGUACGCCUGGACGCACUGGAUUUAAGCACGCACACCAUGACAUGGUAUAAACUGUUUCCGGUUAACAGCACUGACCUCGGCUCCACAGAUUCUCUCAGCCAGUGGUGAUGAACAUAGCCUGCCAAUGAGAAGCGAGAGGCCAACACUCCAUUGGUAACACCAUCAAUAAGCUAGAGCAAGGAUGAACGAUAAAAGAGAAUAAAAGCUGCGAUAACUGCGGGGAAAAAAAGAAGACUUAAGUAACGAAACAGAAAAUUAUUUAAAUUAAGCAUGAGUUCUGGCGGUUCCCAUUUAUGCUGCUAAAAUAAUCGUGUACAUACAUAGCUGUGUCCACACGGGCGUGGCUUACCGCCAGACGAAGCUAGGUCUUGUAGACUCUGGUUUUACGACUAAACCUCGGCAGCAAAUAAGCUGUACAUAGCUGCCUUGUUUCAACUUUGUGUAUGUGCUGAAUUUCUUAUCUAGAUGAUUCAAGAGAAAUGUAGCACAUUCAAGAUCUUCACAAAACUUGAACAAAAUUGGGGAUUAUUAUGUUGUUGAACAAAAAAGACAUUGAUGUUGCUUUUCAAGUAACUUUUGUCACUGCAAUGUGACAUCUUUCUUAUAAAAAUAAAAGUGUUGCAUAACAUUA